UCCGGGAUUCUAAGGAAGGCAUUUGAAAUGAGUUAUGUCGGAAGUAAUGAUGACAGACCAAUCAGAAUCCGAUGAAACUGCGAGGUCACGAUCGCGACUCGACAUGACUGGCGGAUUGAACCUUCCACCUGGACUCGUACCCAGUUUGUCUAAAGAAGAUCUAUAUGACUUACUGUGGAAACGGGCGGAACAACAGCAAACGGACGAACACAUCACCAACAAUGACGUCAAAAGAGAUAAACAGACUGUCGAUCACUUUGGCAGCCCACAUCAUGUUAGGCAAUUGGGAGACAAUCCAUUUCAUGUGACUCGUGAUGUGAAAGGGCAGCCUGUCAGUGCAUGGGGCAGUACAGAUGACAGGCAACGAGCAAAGGAGCAAAACAUGACACCAACACAAGUGAUCCAGGUGCAAACAAGGGAUCAUGCAGACAUUGAUGAGGUUGUACAUAUGCACAAGAACGACAAGAAGUCUUCAGCAAGUGGCCAUUCAUCGUUGAGCAGUCCACCUGCCAGUCCAGUGGGAAUUAUAAAUGCCAGAAAACUGCGAAGAGUUCAUCCUCAGCCAUCGGAAGAGGGCAAAUUUCAUAUUUACGAAGAGCCAGCAUAUGCUCAAAUUGACAGGAAAGGAAAGAAGAAACAAGAGAAACAAGAGAAACAAGAGAAAAGGGACAAACUGUAUGAAACAGUUCCUAUGCAACAUGACCAACCAAGGUUAUUGAAAGUUCGGGAGAUCACAUCACCUGAGAGACAACAAGCAAGUCGUUCAUCAUCUAGUGUUCAAGUUUGCCAUGUCGUUCCUCCUGUUACAAAUGAAAUGUCUAAAUCGUCUCUUGCAUCAAAGAGAUCAGAUGGCUAUAAAAGAAGUGGGAAUGACUAUGCAGAUCCUAGCUGGGUGUAUGAGGAACUGACUGGACUAUCAGAAAGAAAGAGUGAGAAUGUGAUCACGUCAACACCAAGAACACUGUCAUCACCAAUUGGCAAUGUUACAGAUGACGAUUGCUUUACUGAACAGCAGUUGAUUGAAGCUGAAAGUCAUUGGCCAGCCGGUCCUGGAGCAUCUCACAAUGACAAUCCCAUUACCAGUUCAUCCAUGACUCCACUUCAUUAUGCAGCAGCAAUGGGCAAACGUCGCUAUUUGCUAGAGCUGCUAAAAAAUAUUGCUAACAACACAGAUCCCGUUCUCAGACUUGUAUCUCCAGAUGGAAAGCAGCAGGUGCAAGAUGUAUCUAGGAUAUCAUGUGACACUAUGAACAGUAUAGAUUGUGUUGAUGGACAUGGUAGGUCUGCACUCAUGCAUGCAGUCUACUGGAAUCAAGUUGAUUGUGCAAGAGUGCUGCUGCACGAGGGAGCAGAUGUCAACCAGCAGACUCCUGAUGGUUCUACUGUUCUUCAUCAGUGUGCCUAUUCUGGUUUCCCAGAGCUUAUAGAUUUGUUGCUACAUCAUCGAGCUGAUGCUCACAAGACUGACAAGGAAGGACGAUGUCCACUACAUUGGGCAACAAACAAUUCAUCAAGCAAAGUUCUUACAUACCUGCUAGACAAGGUCAUUGAUGUCAAUUUAAAUGUGCGUGAUAGAGCUGAAAUGACUCCUCUUAUGUGGGCUGCUUACAAUUCACAGUCAGCCCACGUGCAAGCACUUUUAGAAAGAGGGACCGAUGUCAGUCUAGUUGAUAUUGAUGGUAUGGCAGCUAUUCAUUGGUCAGUUUACAAGAAUGAUACAUCAUGCCUCAAGUUGCUAUUAACUCAAGAAAGUAGUUGCUUUCGUGAUUAUAAAGGCAAGACAGUUAUUCACUGUGCUGCAGAACUGGGUUCAGCUUCUUGUAUCGCUAUCAUAAUGGCUGUACGUCCCACCUCAGUUGAUGACACUGACAAUGAUGGUCGAACAGCUCUUCAUUGGGCAGCUGCUUGUGAGAAACCAGAAGUGAUUAGGACUCUUUUGGCUGGACAAGGAAAUCCCAAUCUGUGCGAUCAUAAUGGCUACACUCCAUAUGACAUUGCUGUGUUGAAGAAGUAUCAUUACUGUGCUCUCUUAUUGGCUGGUCAAACACAAGGAGUGACAGAUUGUCCAUUUCAUUCUUACAAUCAGGCAUCAAGUUGCAGUAAUGGAGCAGACUUUCAUCUCCAUUCUGUGGAGCAUGAUGCAGAGCUGUCAUCACUUGGUCAGCAAGAUGCUAAAAAAGUUGAUGUGUCACCUCAAGCUCAUAAGCUCAUUAAGUUCUUGACAAUUGGCUGUUGGCUGGGCAAGUUUACUAACUAUGGUCGUGGCCCCCUUCAUAAUCGUUUCUUUUGGGUCAAUCUUUCAAAUGGUUCAAUAUGCUGGUCAGUGCAUGCUGAACCAAGCAGCAAAGAAGUGAAAUCUGAGUUACUGGUUGACAUGAAGCCAACUCCCAGUUCACUUAUUGCUGGCAGGAAAGACUACGACCCAGCCAGCAGACAUCAGUAUGCAUUUUCGUUGCUUACACCCAACAGAGUUCUCAAUGUUGUCGCGUGCUGUGAAGAGGACUACCGCCUGUGGGUGGAGGGCUUGCAGUACAUUCUCGCAAUGGGCGUAGAGAGCGCUGCCCUGCUCUACAAGACAAUGAAAUGAACUCGUUUCGACGUUUAAUUUUGCGUUAUUGAUUUGUAUUGACUGAUUAUAUGGCGUUUCGUUGAUUUCUAUUACUUUACCAAAAUGCACAUAUUUCUGGUGCGGCGCACCGACAUCUU